AUGCAGCCUGAGCAAACUGUGCCGCGGCUACAGAGCACGAGGUCUGUUUCGAGUGCGUUCACUUGUGCCAUCUCAUUGGCUAGGGGCUUCGAGGGCGCAGGAUCCGCUCGAACGGAAACCGCCUUUUCUGUGACGCUGUGGCGACGCCCUUCUGCUGACCCCAGUUAUGGGCGGCGGUCUGUGAGGCGGAAGGUUCCACCUACGCACGCACGAUUGUCUGGGCAGAGCCAAGAGGAAGCUCGACACGUAGCGAUCUGUGGCGGCGGCUCUUUUGGGAGCGCUAUGGCGUUUGCCUUGGCUAACAAUGGUCACCAGGUUGUGCUGCUUGUUCGUCGAGCGGAGGUCGCAGAGACGAUCAACAAGGAGCGCACAAACCCUCGCUACACUGCGUUAGUUCCAGGCUUCCGGUUUCCAAAGCUUGUUCGAGCGACCACGGACCCCGAAGAUGCUCUGAAAGGCUGCUGGUUAUGUGUUCAUGCUGUGCCGGUCCAAGCGAGCAGAGCUUUUCUCGUGGAGAGCGUUCGCCCGAAUUUGGCGCCCGGAACACCGAUUCUGUCCACAAGCAAGGGUAUUGAGGUUAGCACAGGCAACUUUAUGUACGAGAUUUUCGACGACGUAUUCGGUAAAGAGCGUCCGGUGCCAUGCAUGUUUCUCUCGGGACCCUCUUUCGCCCAUGAGAUGUUGGCCGAUCUUCCGGCAGCCGUCGUCCUGGCCUCGCAUGACGCUGCUGCAUGUGCGAGUAUUGCAGCCGCUAUUAGCUCACCAGCACUGAAAGUAUUUCGCUCGAGCGACGUUGUUGGCGUUGAAAUUUGUGGCGCUGUGAAGAACGUUAUCGCCCUUGCUGCCGGCAUCUGCGAGGGACUUGGUCUCGGUAUGAACGCGACAGCUGCGCUGGUGACUCGCGGCUGCUCGGAGAUGCGGCGCCUUGCGCGGAGUUUUGGUGCUCGUCCGGUGACUGUGGCCGGCCUCAGUGGCGUAGGCGAUACGUUUAUGACCUGCUUCGGCACGAGCAGUCGGAACAGAACGGUUGGCUACCGCCUGGGUCAGGGUGAAACCCUUGCUCAUAUUUUAGAGACUUCGAGUCAGGUCGCUGAAGGCGUGCCGACGGCAAAGGCAGUUGCGAGUCUCAUUGAAAGGCAGUUUCCGCACUUGAACCCCAUGAGACGAGCGUUGAAGUUUCCGAUUCUGUUAGGCGUCAUCGACGUCCUAGAAAAUCGUCAAAGUCCGAGAGAGAAGCUCGAGGAAUGGAUGGAUCGGAAAGCACGAAUCGAAGACUGA